UGGUCCAUGGAUUUUAAUCAUCUUCCGGUAUAAACACACGUGGGGUGGUUUAUUUACUUGUGUUUUUACGUUCUUAUACCAGGAGUUUUGUACAAAUAAGACAACUUGCAAAAUGGCAGAGUUUGUACAACAAAGUAUUGAGGAAAUGCUUCCAGAACUGGAGCAAAUGGAAAGAGUAAAACUGUUCACUAAAGCAGAAACAAGACAAAUCCUCAAGAAGCGCCAAUCCUAUGAGUACAAGCUGCGGCGCCGGACCAAGUGUCGUGAAGACUUCCUGCAAUAUGUACAGUAUGAAGUGAAUGUUCUCAAGCUGGUGGAGAAGAGGAGAGAGGCAUCUGGGUGUACAUACAAGAGACUGGAGAUUGAUGUAGCCAUUAUUCAGCGGAUCCACAAACUGUUCCGGCUUGUCUGCCUGCGAUUCCAAGACGACAUCAAACUGUGGCUGUCUCACAUCGAGUUCUGCAAGAGCCGGAAUGAGAGGUCAUAUGUGAGCCGCUUGUAUACCCGCAUGCUCCAAGUCCACAACAAGAAACCAGAUCUGUGGGUCAUGGCCGCCAAGUGGGAGUUUGAGGCCAACAUCAACCCGGAGAACGCUCGCACUUUGCUGCAGAGGGGCCUGAGGUUCAAUGACACCUCCAAGCAGCUGUGGAUAGAGUACUACAGGCUAGAGCUACUAUAUGCAGAGAAGUUGAGGAAAAGACGAGAACUGCUGGAAGAGUUUGCUGAUGUGGAGCAGGAAGCGGUGUUGUCCGGGACGGUGGCACAGAUUGUGUACAAGAAGGCGGUUGAACAGUUUCCAGGAGAUGUUGAUCUGGCUCUGGCUCUGAUUGCUGUGUGUCAGCAGUUCCCCUUCACAGCCCCUAAACUCAGCACCAUGUACAAAGAUCUGAAGGAGCUGUACCCCCAACACGCUGUCACAUGGAACGCCCUGGCUCGGAGACAUCUGCAGGCUCAUGACAAGGCUGUUGGAGAGGAGAUGUGUUUCAUGACCUUCCAAGAAGCAGUCAGGAAAAUCAACACAAAGGAGAUGUGGGGCUUCUACCUUGCCGCCUGCCUGGACGUCCUCUCCCCAGACACUGAGGACACACCUGAGGACGAGGGGCGCAAGGACAGAGGACACUCUGAGAUGCUGCACAAGAGGGCGCAGCGGGCAUUUGAGGUCUUCCAUGAUGCGACCCAGCAUCAGAUGGUGGAGGAGAAGCUGUUCAUGCAGUGGGUGGAGCUGCUGCUGACCUCGACACAGAUGGGGCAGGUGGAGGAGGUCCUGAAACAAGCCACGGACACCUACCCGAGGUCAGCUGGUUUGUGGGCCUUGCACCUGCAGGUGCUGAUAGACAGACAGGAGAAACUGCACACCCUCCUGAAGGUGUUCAAGUCAGCACGCGGCGCCAUCAAGGAAAAGGUGAGCUGGCCUGUGUGGGAGAUGAUGCUGCACCAUCUGAUGGGCACCGGGGAAACAGACACCCUUGACAAGCUGAUGGAGGAAGCCAUACUGUGCUGUCGAGAAGUCAGCAGACCUGCAAAGGAACUGUAUCUGGAAUGGGCCUUCUUGUCCCAGGGCAUCAUACAUGCUCGGAAGGUGUAUGAGAGAUUGGUUCCGCUGAAACCGGUGUCUCUUGACUUCUUCACAAAAUACAUCAACAUGGAGAAUUCCCAGCCGAAACCGAAGCUCAAGCACCUGCGGCAAGGGUACGAAGAUGCCGUGCAGGAGUUUGGCAAGUUCCAGCCAGAUCUGUGGAUAGACUACCUCCGCCAAGAGACCAACCACCCAAAAGGUAGUCCGGAGGCUACCAUCAACAUCCACAGCCGUGCCCUCAAGAUGCUCCCUGGGACCCUCAACCUUGACUUUGUCACCAAACACACCCUGCUGCAAACAGGACGCUUGUAGGACCAACAGCAGGAUGGUGUUGCAGCGAGUUGCGAGGUGUUGCUCCUGAGGCUGACAUUGUGUACGAUGAGGUCACUAUACUCAGGCCGAUGAGGUCACUAUACUGAGGACGAUGAGGUCACUAUACUGAAGAUGAUGAGGUCACUAGACUGAGGACGAUGAGGUCACUAUACUGAGGAUGAUGAUGCUCUGUCCCUGUUGAGGCUAUCGUAUAUUGUCAGGGUUAGGUAGUGCUGUACAGUUGGGCUGUCAGGUUAAAGCUGUUCUCAUUUCAGAAUGAUUUGAUUUCAAUAAAGAUUUUCAAGAAAGAACACCAUAGCAAUCACAACCAUGUGUCAAUCAUUGACUGCAUACUUGACCUGUUCUCUCUGUUCUAUAUCUGACAGGAGGAUUUGUGUCACAAUGUUUUUCUGCUCUAUAUUUUAGCAGAGUAUCCUUUCUUCUUUGAGCAUUCCUGGCUCUGCCAGACAGUGUCCCAUUCUGCCUGGUGGUCAACAUGACAGUUCAACAAAGAAACAUCAUUGCAUUUGAUAAAACUAUUCUUUUAAUAAAACAGUGCUUCAUCA